AUGUCUUCCCCCAACCACACUGUGGGGAUGGCAUUCAUUCUCUUGGGACUGACAGAUGACCCAGUGCUGGAGAAGAUCCUGUUUGGGGUAUUUCUGGUGAUCUACCUCCUCACACUGGCAGGAAAUGUGUGCAUGAUCUGGCUGAUCAGCUCCAGUCCCCACCUGCAAACUCCCAUGUACUUCUUCCUCGGCCACCUCUCCCUUGUAGACAUUUGCUAUUCUUCCAACAUCACUCCCAACAUGCUAUACGAUUUCCUCUCAGAGCAAAAGACCAUUUCCUAUGCCGGGUGCUUCACUCAGUGUUUCCUUUUCAUUGCACUGGUGAUCACCGAGUUUUACCUCCUUGCUUCCAUGGCCCUGGAUCGCUAUGUGGCCAUCUGCAGCCCUUUGCAUUACAGCAGCAGGAUGUCCAGGAAUGUCUGCAUCUCUCUGGUCACCUUCCCUUAUGUGUAUGGCUUCCUUAAUGGGCUGUCUCAGGCACUGCUGACUUUCCACCUAUCCUUCUGUGGCUCCCUGGAGAUCAACCACUUCUACUGUGCGGAUCCUCCCCUGCUCCUGCUGGCCUGCUCUGACACCCACGUCAAGAAGAUGGCCAUGUUUGUGGUGGCUGGCUUCACUCUCUCAAGCUCUCUCUCAGUCAUUUUUCUGUCCUACCUCUUCAUUUUUGCAGCUGUCCUGAGGAUCCAUUCUGCUGAAGGCAGGCGCAAAGCCUUUUCAACUUGUGGCUCCCACCUGACAACGGUCACCAUAUUUUAUGGAACACUUUUCUGCAUGUACUUAAGGCCCCUGUCAGAGAAAUCUGUAGAGCAGUCCAAAGUCAUUGCAGUAUUUUUUACUUUCCUGAGCCCAAUGCUGAACCCGCUGAUCUAUAGUCUCAGGAACAAGGAUGUCCUCUGUGCCAUGCGAGGAGUGAUCAAGGGAAAUUUCUUUCAGAAAAUGGCAUUUUAG